GAAGGGUGACAGCUCGUGUUCCAAGGAAUUGGCCCGAUGAGAUCCGCUACCUCGUCACGAGCGUCGCUGAAGAUGACUCAUGGGAUGCCAUACCCCGGCAACACAUCCCUGCCUCCGAUGGCCUGCAGGGGCUGCGCAUCCAGGAGAUAACGGACGAGAGCCAUCCGCUGGUGGGCGAGUAAGUGAGCGACGCACUCGAUGGCCCAUCGACGUGUGUCACUUUCGAUGAAGGCUGUGCUGUGCGCUGCAUGGUGCGGGGCGGUUGGUGUGUCUGCAGACGGUGCCUGGUCGCUGCGAGAAGGUCAACCAACUGCAAUUAAGAGGAGAAGGAGAGCCACACAGGCUACUUGAUCAUGGUUUCAUGCGAUGAUUCCAUUGUGUUGGGUUGGUUGCCUCCCUGCCUGUCUGUGUUCUCUUGCAGAUGGGAGCCCUUUGAAGUGCUCGGCGAGUAGGUCUGACUGACGUCGAUGGAGCAGUGGGUGGAUGUGACGUGCUGCCCUGUCUGUCCCCCCGCCCUUUGUUGUGUUGUGUGCUGCAGGUACACGGGGUACCUGGUCCCGCCGUCACGCGAUGGCCCAUACGUCUGCAAAGUGAGCGGGUGGGCCGGCCACAGAGGGCCGACAGAUAGAAGUGCUGCUGCUGAUGACAUGGAUUUCUGUGCAUUGGCCGCAGUUGGUGCAGGACGAGGCCGACUGGGAAGCUGUGUCGGUCGACGCAUCCAAGUACGGCCGCUUGCUCAUGCGCCCUCCUGUGGUCAUCGGCAUCCAUGUGUGGUGUCCGUCAGGGCCGGGAACGAGCUCCGUUUUGUCAACGACUAUCGCGGCAUCGCGGAGCAGCCCAACGUCACGUUCAGCAGCUGCUUCAUCGACGGGCUGCCGCGGACCCUGCUGGUGGUGACGAGGCCUGUGGCCUUCGGUGAGGAGUUCUUGGCCGAUUAUGGUCAAUCGUAUUGGGCGGCGAGGGGUGGUGGCUCAAAGGGGGGCGGGGCAGAUGAGUGAAGUGAAUGGAUGCGGCGAAUGUAUAGGACGUACAGUUAGCGAUGGACGUGUGUGUAAAGG